CAUUCAGAUCCGCAGCCGGGAACGCGCGGGUGCGCAGUGCGACAUCUACGCCUGCGCUGCCGGAGCCCGACUCCCUUUAGCAAGAGGGCAGCGUCCACAGGGGGGUGGUGAGAACCGGGAUCCCGGAAGCCCAUCCUUCACCCGGAAAUGAUCGUGGAGGAACAUGGCGUUGCUGGUGCGAGUCCUUAGGAACCAGACUAGCAUCUCCCAGUGGGUUCCAAUAUGCAGCCAACUGGUAUCAGUAUCUCCUACCCAAAGACAGUGGGGCAGGACUCUCUCCAGCAUUUCCCAGAGGCCACAGAUGGAGCAGUCUCGAAUCUGGGUGGGAUCCGAACACAGUGUUGGGAUGGACACACAGCAGAGUAGGAAAUACCACACCACAAGUAAGCUUCCUACUACCCGAGAUUUCCCGCAGCCUAUUGAAGAGAAGGUUGGUCCCUUCACGAAGAUCAUAGAAGCCAUGGGAUUCACUGGCCCUUUGAGAUACAGUAAAUGGAAGAUUAAGAUCGCAGCCCUGCGCAUGUACACGAGCUGUGUGGAGAAAACUGACUUUGAGGAGUUCUUUCUGAGGUGUCAGAUGCCUGAUACAUUCAACUCAUGGUUUCUUAUAACCCUGCUUCACGUCUGGAUGUGUCUAGUCCGAAUGAAGCAGGAAGGCCGAACUGGAAAAUACAUGUGCCGGAUCAUAGUUCAUUUUAUGUGGGAAGACGUGGAGCAGCGAGGCAGAGUUAUGGGGGUUAAUUCCUAUAUCCUAAAGAAGAACAUGGCCCUCAUGACAAACAAUUUCUAUGCGGCAAUCUUGGGAUAUGAUGAGGGGAUCCUUUCAGAUGAUCGUGGACUGGCUGCCGCCCUCUGGAGAACCUUCUUCAACCAGAAAUGUGAAGACCCUCGGCAGCUUGAGUUGCUGGUGGAGUAUGUGAGGAAGCAGAUGCAAUACCUGGACUCCAUGAACGGGGAGGAUCUGCUUCUGACAGGGGAAGUGAGAUGGCGCCCUCUGGUGGAAAAGAAUCCACAGAGCAUCUUGAAGGCCCACGCUCCUACUUACAAUGAUGAGGGCCUUUGAGAGACUGACUCCCCUGGACAGUCGUGGCUGGCUGGCUUGGAGGAGCCUCCAUGGAAGAAGUGCCUGUGUGUCCCAGGACCCUGAAGAAGGUGGCCUAAACUGACUUUUGAACAGCACCUGUUGAAUCCUCGGCUCAUUUGUGUUGAGUUUCUUCUUCUGAGCCCAGGAGUCUGAUCCAGUGGGGGCCCUACUGGGGGGUCCUCUCACGCCUCUGACAUGUUCCCUCCCUCAAGAGAAGCCCAAAGCACACUUCCCAAGUCCUUCCAGCAACACAUGUGACUGAGAGCUUUUCUAGAAGGCUGAGGAAGGGAUGGGUAGGUUAGAAAGGGGCCCGCUCACCCAGGUCCCCCAUGCCUAGGAGCAGUUUCUAAUGCUAAGUUAAGACGGGUAACUAUAUACUGUCCCCCAGCUGUGGGCCAUGGGAGUGAAGUAGCCAUUAAAAAAGAGAGACUUAUUUCUGCCAUGGUUCUUUGUUCCGGGGUCUUUUAGAAACAUAAAGCCAGGCAGUGGCGCACGCCUUUAAUCCCGGCACUCAGGGCAGAGGCAGGCGGAUCUCUGUGAGUUCAAGGACAGCCUGGUCUACAGAGUGAGUUCCAGGACAGCCAGAGCUACACACAAAACAAGAAAACAAAAGGAAACGUAGGUGAGGCAGUGGAUGCUCCAAGCUCAGGAAUCAACUGCAGCUGCUCCGCUGCUCAUGUCUCCAGUUCCAGUUCACAGAGAGGAGGCAAAGCACGGUCUGCCAGGCACGUUCUCUGGGACCCAGGAGGUCUCUGAGGGCCGAGGGGCUUGUCACAUCCUGAGUCAUUUAGAAAGAGGUUUUGAGAACAAAAGUCCCUUUGUCAUCCACAGUGACUGGGAAGGAAUACUCUGUCUUUCCGCUCACGGUCUUUACAGGAGACAGCGAGGUGACGAGAAUUCUUCCUGGCCUGUUGGUACCAUCCCAAGCCCCAGCCGAAGCCCAGUUUCUACCCUCUCCCCAGCUUCUAAAGCGUGUGCUGCAAGGGGCACCUGGUCUCAGGCACUUAAGGGGCCUGUUUUCUCUGAGAGUUUGGGUCAUCUCUUGGAAGGUUUUCUGAAAUUGAGGAAAGGGGGUGGGAACCAUCCUGCCCCUUCCUCCCCCAUCCAGCUUCCUUCAUUGAAUUUGCUAUAAAAUGAGUCAUAUAAAGAAACUCUAUACUGUGAGGUAUACGCCACUUCUGUGAAAACAUUACAAAUCAAGCCGCCUUCUCUUGGUUUAUUUAAGAUGCUUUUGUUGCAAGCGGGGCUCUGGAGUGAAGCGUCCUCUGUGAGUGUGAGAUAAUAACACCUUGUAACUCAUUACAUCUGGGCACUAUUUACAUAAACCAGAGGCGAGCCAGGCAGGAAUUUGCUGAUUAAUUUAUUUUUAAUGGAGUGAAGUAUGCCAUGCACCAAAAUAAACUUUACUGUGUGUACCUAA